CGGGCGAUCGGGAAUAAGUCUCGCUCCAAUUUUCUCGUCCGGAUGGAUCGAUCGAUCGAGGUAUGAGCGGCUGCUGAGAAGUGAUUGCGGACGACGAGAUGAUCGCGGCCAUGGCUGGCAACGCAUUUGCGGCAUCGUGCCCGUGCUCCACAGUUCACAGGCUCCGGAUGUCGGAGUUUCGCAAGGAUUACGAUGCGCAGAGCUUCGCGAUGCCGCCGGGGAGCGCCAGAUCCAGGAAAUCCUUCAGCGUCUCGGCCAAGAGCGAGAGAAGAGGGGCUGCUUCCACAGCGAAAUCGGAGGGCAACAGGAGCUUCUCCAGGCGGUCUGUCAUGGGGCUCGUCGCGUUGGUGUCGCCAGUGCUGCUUAUCUCGGGAGGAGCAAAAUCCGACGUUCCACACAUAGAGGAAUCCGAGAAACUGAGGCUCGACAUGCUCCAAUCCAUCGAGAGGAGAAUUGCCAGCAGGGCGGAGAUAUUGGCAAGCAUUGAAACUCCUGCCAGUACCACUGCACCAUCUCUCAAGGAGGAAGCUAUAGCUAGCGUUUCAAGUGAAGAUUUAUCAGUCGGCAAGGAAGUGGAGACCGUUACCCCUGCUCCAUCUGUCAACGAGGAAGCUAUAGCUAGCGUUUCGAGCUCUGCCCCUGAAGAUUUAUCAGUCGGCAAGGAAGUGGAGCGCGUCUCAUCCGAUAUUGCAGCACUUCCGGAGUUGCAAGUUGCGGCUACUCCUCCGGUUUUAUCUUCCUCGUCCCCGGAAGAGAAAGUCGUAGAGGCAGUCACAGCUCUCGAAGAGAAAAGCUCUCCGGAGAGUGGACCACUAGGAUUUUUAAAUCUAUUCGGAGUGGUCGGAUCGGGAGUUCUUGGUGCGCUAUAUUGGUUGGAAGGUCGAGCUAAAAAAGCUACGAAGAUGGCGUUAGCAGAGGCCAACUCGAAAUUGGAAGAAUCACAAGCUGCUAUAAUCGACAUAAAGAGAAAACAUCAUACGGAGUUGGCUGAUCAAAAGUCGGAUCUUAUGAAUAAGCUGACCGGAUCAGAAGAAGAACGUGUAGAACUUUGCAACGAAAUUACCAUCCUCAAUUCGAAUGCAAAGGAGAUGCAGCUAAAGCUGGACAGCCAGAAAAACGUCAAUCAGAACCUUGACAAGAAGGUGAAGGCCUACAGAGAAACAAUCCAGGCCCUGGAGAGCAGUGUGCAAGCCGUCGAAGACAAGCUUGUGCAGGAAGAGCAGCGAAGGCAAGGUCUAGAGACCGAAGUCCGGAAUGGAGGAGUUCAAAUACGAGAGAGAGAAGAAAAGCUCGUUGGUCUAGAGGCAACCAUUAAGGAACAGGAAAACACCGAGCAAGAGCUACGGUCAGACAUUUUCACUACGAGAACUGCGUUGGUCGACGCCGAGGACAGGAUACAAAACCUCGUGAAAGAGUUGAUCGUAUCGCAGUCAUGUCUGGAGGAGAGAGGGGACACUGUGCAUGAUUUGGAGGAACGUCUCGCGCAGGCAACAGCGAGAGCAGAGCAAGCGCAGCAAAGCUUGGCCAAAGCACAGGAGGAACUGACUGAGCUCCAAGCUGUGAGCAAGGAGCAGCUUCAAGUUGUAAAUGCGGCACUAGCUUCCAAGGAAGGCGAAGUACAGGCAGCAAACUUGGAGCUGGAUGCCGCUCGUGCCGAGGCUAAACAAUCCGGCCUCGUCAUAGAGAACUUCCAGCAGCAAGUGGAAGAACUGGAGCGAAUUGUGGCACGGGAGCACGAGUCAGUGCAAAAGUUGACAGAAGAUCUGAACUCCGCAGUCAAUAGCCUUCGAGCGAAGACGAACGAGGCGUCGGCACUGGGCGCCGAGCUGACGUCCUACCAGAAGGAAAUAGAGUCCCUGAGGAAGCAAAAGGAGGAGAGCAAGGCGAUGACGGAGACAAAGCUGAAAUCGCUGCGAGAGUCACUGCAAGCAGAGCAACUGGUGACGAGCCAGAUGAAGCAGGAGCUGGACAACACGCGGACGAGCUUCCAGGCGUCGUCGAUGGAGGUGAAGUCCCUGAGCGAGAAGCUGAAAGAAACGUUCCUGGUGAACAAGAAGGUCCAAGAGGAGCUAGAAGACGUCCGCCAGACGGCCGACGGCACCCUGGCUCUUCUAAACGACGAGAAGAAGAAGGUGGCGCUGGCGGAGCAGCAGUACAUGGAGACGCAAAAGGCUCUGGCCAGGGAGGAGCUACUCGUCCAGAGCUUGAGGUCCGAGUUCUCCAAGGCCAUGGACGCCAUGAACGACCUCCGCAAGCACCUCAACGCUCUGUCCAAGGACUUGCAAGACGCAAACGUCAAGGUGGCGUCGCUGGAGACGGAGAAGGCCAUCCUCCAGGACGCACUCGCCAAGGAGGCGAAGGUGGCCAGGAAGUUCAAGGACAAGGCGAGCUUCGCGGAGGGGGAGCUUACAAAGGUGGUGCGAGAGCGAGAAGGCUCGGUCUCCAAGGCUCGGAAGCUCGAGGACGAGCUCUCGGCGGCGGAGAGCGAGAUGGGGAAGCUCAAGCAGCAGAUGGUCGUGAUGGGGACCGUCAUCGACUCGGCCGAGACGAGGAUGGGAAGCAUCCACCAGGUAAAUGCCGAGGUAGCCUCUCUGGCUAGAAAGUUUGAGGGCGUCGUCUCAUCUAAUGUGGAACAAAAACAAACACUCAAGCGUCAGAUGGAUAAAUUGAAGGAGCAGUCCAAGGCAGCGUCUGAUAUCACCAGAGAGCUCAAGAACAUGAAGAGGCUGCUCAAUCACUUCCAACAGGUAAGUGGUUCUAAGUUACUCUUCCAAGUUUGUUCUUGAGAAUCUAAACGAAGCGGAGCUCGAUCGAGUAGAAGCUGAGGCUGCGUUGCAAGCGGCCGUGCAGAGAAACAUGGUGACAGUGUCGGAAGAAGCUUAAAACAGGAAGAUCUUCCAACGUGUAUAGUAAAACUUGCUUAGCUUAUAGAAUAUUCUGUUACAAGAAUCUGCCGUCAGUGCAGGAAUAUACCGUUGUUUGAAUGA